ACCCCUCCUUCUGCUGACAUAUAUAGCAGCGCUCCUUCUGUCUGCUCGAGUGUUGAGCGUGCUGCUCGGGAGGCAGAGCACAGUUGCGCACGAGAACCCCAGAGAGGUUGUGAGUGAAUCACCACUGCCCGAACUCAUCCUGCGUUUCUUUCGUUUUCUCCUAGAAUUCCUACAGAGCUCAGCGCUGAUCCCCGAGAACCAACAGCACCCGGCUGUCGUCCCACUGCCCUGCUUUCAAGAUGGGCUGCACCACCGGACGCUUCACGUGCCAACCACAGACGACGGCAGCCCCUGUCCCGGAGGGCCAAACGCUGGAGGGAGGACCCAAAGUCCCCGAGGUGCUGUCAUCUUUGGAGAAGCUCUCGCAAGCCACCGGUGGGAUGGAGAAGUCCUGGUACCGCUGCAUCUUUCCCUUCGGAAUCAUCUCUCUGGUGAUCGGAGUGGCCGGGACUGGGGUGACGUACACGUACAACGAUCUCCCUCAGACGAAAGUGGUGUCCAUGGUCCUGCUGAUCGUGGGGCUGGUCCUGGUGAUGAUGGCCACCGUGUGCUGGACGGCCCAUAAGAAGAAGCGCAGGAAAAAGAAAGAAGCAGGUUCCUUCAGCUCAGAACAGUGUCCCCUGUGAGCGAACGAGCGAAGGCGGCGGAAAGAGACGCUUAGGAUUCGCCGGCUGUUUUCUUUUUCUUUUUAAGAGGAUCUUCGCCCACUUGGGGAGAAUCCCGCGGAAAAUACUGGACGAGAGGGUUCACUGGAGUCACGCAUGCAGUUUACCGUUGCUCUGCAGGUAUCUGGUAUCAAAACAAGCCCGGUGAGCGCACACACACGCAGGACAUUUAACACUUCCAGGUCCCUAGCUGCGGAGCCAGUCCUGCCGUCAACACGGCAGUCAGUCUCGCGCAUUCUUGCCGCCGCACCAUGUGAUACCUCGGCCAAGAGAAGAAGCGGUCCAGAGGCGGCAACCGGACACCGCGGCGAAAGACAGCCCGUCCUGUGACACCGGAGCAAUGUGCGAGCUUUUUUACGCAACGGGAGAGUGGAACUUGAACCAGCGUCUGCUAGCUGGAACCGGCAGCUGCGGAUCAAGAUGUGAGGAGGGCACGGACACGGAGAGGUCGAGAAUGCGUCCGUCUGCGUGCAUGCGUGCGUGUGUGUAGACGCAGGAAUAUGAACUAGAGAGACAGGACACCUGCUCGCCCUCUUUCGCUGUCAGACCUUUGUCAAUCGUAGCCUCUAAUGAUUUAGUGCAGGGGGCACCACCUGAUAUUAAGGACACAGAGAUACGUUCUUGGGAACUUUACACGGUGAACGGUCUGUGGAAGGAGUUUUCCUUUGUGUGUCUGUGUGCGUGCGAGUCGAGCUGGCAAAUCCAGGGACCUCAUAUACAGUAGUUGGGAAAAAAACAACCGCAGAGGAAUUCUGAGAGUAAGACAAGCAGGUCUUUUGUUCUAAACAGAAAAUUAAUUUCCUCUCAGACAGAUGAGCGGGGUUUCUAGGGUGCACAAGACCGCCUGUCGAGAUUUGUUUCUCGUUCCAGUGCCUUCGCCAAUUAUAGGACUUUGCAUGGUACAGUACUUUAGCUCGGUUUUACUCCUCUCUCUCUUUCUUCGUCUCAUCCAGUGCCAGUUUUAAAGCUCCAACUCAGCUAGUUUACCAGAGAAAACUCCUAUUUUCUCUCUAAAACACACACAUGAAUACGUCGUCGCUUUGACCCCGGUCACACUGGGAGGAGCUCGCAUCCGCCCUCGCACUGGGAAUACCGCUAAUUUACAGUGCCUUGCUUUGGGAAGUGUUUGUUAUGGCUACGGUUGGCGUGUAUGAAAAAAUGAAGUGAAGUUUACCCUCUAGACUCUCCCUGUUUCAGAUUUGUGGGUGUAAUCUCCCUGUUUAAUAUCCAUUCUUGCCUUCAAAUCACCUUCUUUGUUUUAUGAGAACACAUGAUAGAAAUCCACACAAAACAAGGGUUUAUGUCGACGGGUUUUUCACUGAAUGCUUAUUGAUCGAGAUGUUGUGACCGUGGUAAAGAGGGCUAUUUAAAAAUAGACAGCGAGGGAGAUAGUGAGAAGGACUGCAGACUGAAAUGAGAACGACGAGAUAACAACCCCGAGUACUUGAAAAAAGGCUGUUUUCGAGGCUGUUAGCAUGGACGUGUUUGAACCAAAUGGAAAUUUUUAUGGCUAGGUGUUGGUGGUUUAUAAUUUAAAAGAAUUUGAGUUUCUGUCUAUGUUUUGUAUCAAGUGUGUGUCUUAAAAUCGUGAAGUGUUUAAUGAGAACACUUGAAUGUACAGCAAGAGUAAAAAUGAUCUUAUGAAAUGUCAUUUCUGGUGCUUGAUUCUGAUUGGUUGAGCUGAGUUCUAAGUAAGGGAUAAUGUACAGUCAGCCGGUUGUUAUCGCAGAAAUAAGCCCCGACAGUGUGAUCAGGACCCGACGCGAAGCGGACGAUAACAGCCGGCUGCUUGUACAUUAUCCCGCUUAUUACACGGCUACUUGCCACAUGAGAAAAAAACUGGACAUGAAAUGUGAAUUUGAAAAAAAAUUUAGCUAAGUUUUUCCGAAUGCAGACCUUCCACAAGGAAAACUGUUUGCUUUCGGUUUUAAGGUAAGAAACGAUGUUCAAAUGUCACGAAACAGGCAAUUUGACUUAAUCGUUUGUAAAUAUAAUGUUAUAUAUGGAUUUUUGAGAGGUUGUUAUCUGGGAAUAACAAACCUGCAAAUGUCGCCAAUCAGAAUCAAGCAUUCCAACGAGCUGUGUAAUUAGCCAUCUGACAGCAUCCCACAGCCUAAAUAUCACUUUAUUUACUUUAUUUUAUGAAACCUUGCAACGCAUAUGGAAUAACCGUUUUAGCCCCAUGAAGCAGUGGGUUACAAGUGCAUUUUAUAACAGCUAAGGGGGUUUUAGGCACGACGUGAAACCCCCUUAGCUGUUAUAAAAUGCACUGUAACCCACUGCUCCUUGAGGCUUAUUGCUUGAAUAAGGGAUAGUUCACCCAAAAAUGAAACCAUGUCAUUUCAAAUCAGUAUGACCUUCUUUGUGUGCAGAACUCAAUAGAAGAUAUUUUGAAGAACGUUGGUAACCAAUCUACAUUGACCCUAUGGACUUCCAUUGUAGGAACCACUGAGGCAUUUUUCAAAAUAUCUUCUUUCAUGUUCUGCCGAAGAAAGAAAGUCACACAGGUUUGGAAUGACAUGAAGGUAAGUAAAUGAUAAGAUUGUCAUCUCUUUAAUGAAAAAAGUCUGAGUUUGACCUCUAGAGGAGAUGGAGAAAUUCUAUGAAUUCUGUGCUCAAUUUGUAUUUUCGUUGUGAUGAGAAUUUACAUGCAUGCUGUUGAGACAUGUAAAUGUAAGGCUUAUGUCGAUCAGAAUGGAAGCACGAGUGUUUCGAGCGCAGGAGCGUGCAUGCCAUGCGACACAAUGAGUUCCCCUGCUUGGGGCACUUCCAGGUGGAACUGAUUUAUACCAUUGACGUCUGACCACCUGCCUAUGGAUAAACACAGUGCCUUUCUGUUGACUGAUAGAUGUGCUUAAAUUGUACUCGGAGCUGCCCGUGCCUCCUUUAGCAUCCUAACUGCUCUACACUUCAAUGUGCUUUCAUGUCCCUUUACAAAAAUAGAAUGGCUUUUUUCCACAGCGUGCUAGAAAACGCAUGAGAUCAGGACAUUGGACUUUUCUGAGGUUGUAGUGGAGUUCAGCAGUAGAUUUUAGACGCUGUUGACAACCGCAGGGAGGAGUUUCCUCACAAUUCGGCCUACAGUUAAAUCAGGGAAGAGGUUAGGUGGAAAAAAGAUUCCAGGGGGACCAGAUGGGAUUUGUUAGGUAUCUGGACAACCAGUAAAGCAAGAGAGAAGCUUUCAUGGCACCUCCAGAUCAGACGUCCAGGAAAUUGGUAACAUGGUGCUGCUUUGAAAAAAAGAAAGAAUCUAAAAAUGCAUCUAAAUAGUGUAACAGUUUGUUUUGAGAUUUAACAAGUUUGUGUCAACCUUAACAAGGUUUGCUUGUGAACAGCAGAUCUGUGUUAGAGGAUCAUUCUUCUCCAGUGGGUUUCACAUUUUUAUGAUCUUUUUUACAAGAGCCAGACACAAGAGAUUUAUAGAGGCUGAGCACAUUUACAGAGUUGUGCGAUUUCAUGCAAAACAGGAUACAUACACAGAAAUGCCUGGAAUGCACAAUUGCAAACAUAGCGGAACCAUAUAUGUACGUGGCUUUGUUUUAUUGCUUUGCCGUCUUGUGCUGUAUGCAAAUCCCCAUCUAUCCAUCCAACCAAAACACUGAACUAUUCAUGCAGUUGUUGGUUUUUACUGUUCAAAGUUGUGAAUGCUUGCUGUUCGGUUGAUUUUGUUUUUCGUGAAUGGGAAAAAGGAGUAAAUCUACCUCUCUGGUUGCGAGAGUAUAUCUUAGCUGUCUUCGCAUUCUCCGGAAUGCUUUCUGUCUUAAGCUGGAGGCAAACGUAUGCCAAACUCGGAUUUCUGUGUCAAACUCUGUGAUGUAAAUACUAGUUAUUUAUAUUUUUACAUUUAUAUUCAUAUUACAAAAAAAGACUUUGGAAAAGUUGUAUUAAAGAACUGUUCUGUGAAA